AUGGCCGACAAGAACGAAGUCCCAGAGGUCGCGACAGAGCCCGAGCCUUCGGAGUCGGGAAAUUUCAUCAACGCCUCAGGUCAUGCUCAAGAGUUGUCACGAAAUUUCAGUCUCGUAUCCCUCGCCGGUGUCGGGCUUGUCGUUGGGAACGUCUGGCCAGCCAUCGGAGGCUCGAUUCUCGUAGCUAUCUUCAAUGGCGGUCCACCGGGAGUGCUCUAUGAGUUCCUUGUCGUUUCUGUCUUCUAUUGGAUUGUGGCCGCAUGCAUUGCCGAGCUUGCAUCUGCCAUUCCAUCCUCCGCUGGCGUCUAUCAAUGGGCGUCGAUCACUCCGGGGAAGCGAUGGGGCCGUCCCAUUGGGUUCUUCGCUGGCUGGUGGAAUUGCCUUGCCUGGAUUCUAGGUGCCGCGUCGAUGACAUCUAUUUUCUCUAACACGGUCGUCCAAAUGUAUGCCCUGAAGCAUCCAGAUUUCGUUUCUAAGCCAUGGCACGUCUUCGUCACCUAUAUCAUCGUCACCUGGAUCGCGUGUCCGAUCGUGUGUCUAUUCAACUCGGCUAUGCCUCGUCUAAACAGUGUCGGCAUCUUCUUCAUUCUUGCCGGAUUCCUCAUCACCAUUAUUGUAGUAACGGUUAUGCCAGGCCGGGAUGGCCGACCUGGACACGCGUCUUCGUCAUUUGUUUGGACUGAGUGGACUGCCGACAUUGGGUAUCCGAAUGGGUUUGUCUUUGUUGCAGGCAUGCUCAACGGCGCUUUCAGCGUGGGCACUCCGGACACCACAAGUCAUCUUGCGGAGGAAAUCCCUUAUCCUCAACGGAAUGUGCCUAUCGCCAUCGCUUGCCAGAUGAGCAUCGGCUUCAUCACCGGCUUUGCCUACCUGAUUGCCAUCCUGUACGCGAUUAAUGACUACGAUGCCCUUUUCAACUCCCCCUACCCGAUCGCCGAGAUCUACCGUCAAGCCACUGGCUCUGCAAGCGGCGCCAUCGGUCUCUUGACGCUCGUCCUCAUCUGCAUUGGCAUCUGCGUGUGUGGCCUUUACAUCACUUGUGGCCGGACGCUAUGGGCUCUCUCUCGAGACGGGGCCACACCCUUCCCAAAGAUAUUGAGCAGAGUAUCUGACAGACUCGGCAUGCCAUUCAACGCAACUAUCGUCUCUGCCAUCUUAGUCACAAUCCUUGGGGCCAUCUAUGUCGGCAGCACCACCGCGUUCAAUGCUUUUGUCGGGUCGUUCGUGCUAUUGUCAAGCUCCUCCUACGUCGCCGCGAUUCUGCCCCAUCUCCUGACCAAGCGCCGCAACAUCGAAGUCUACGGUCCGUUUCACCUGAAAGGGGCCCUGGGAUUUAUCUUCAACUUCAUCGCCUGCGCGUACAUGAUCGUUUGGUUCGUCAUCUACUGUUUUCCGUAUUACCUCCCGACGAACGCGCAGACCAUGAACUACGCCUGUCUUAUCUGGGGUGGAUUCACCAUCUUCGUCGCCGCGUGGUGGUUCCUGGGGGCGCGGAAGGGCUACCAAGGCCCGCCCAUGGUCACGGACGGAGGCAAAGUGAACUUGGCGGACACUUUGAAGAAAGUAGAAGUUCAAGCCGUGAGGAACAACAGUCUAAAGAGUGUGUAA